AUGGACAUCAGCGACUCCCUGCUGCCGCGUCAACCACUGUUCCGACCCUCGGUAGCCGACAGCGACCUGGGCAUGCGGCUGUUGUGGUUCUACACGGCCGCCACGUCGUCCUCCUUCAGCGUGGAGUGUGGUGCAGAUCGGCCAUCGGAGAAACUCUUGCGGACUCGCAUCGUGCGACAUGCCUUUGAGACGCCGUUUCUCAUGCAGAGUCUCUUGGCAUUAUCAGCAUUGCAUCUACAGACGCACAAGCAGUCGGUUGACCCUAGAAAAGCGCUGACGUACCGCGCUCGGUCAUUUAAAGGGUACAGACAGGCGAUUUGGCGAGCAGACCCGGAAACAUCCCCGGGGCUCAUCUGCAACUCGCUGUUCCCGGUAGCGCUGUCGUUCAGCAACUUCCGCUACCCAGAAGGCAUGGACCUGUACAUCGUGGACUGGAUAGUGGUGUGGAGGGGUAUAGGCCUGAUGAUCCAGCCCAUCAGCGUGGAGAGGCUAGUCCGGACCGGCAUCCACUGCCUGUUCUACCGGCCUCCGAUCAACCUAGAAGAAGCAGAGUGGUGCAUCCCAGAUGAGCUGCUGGUCAUGGAGACAUACUACAACACCCUCAAGUACCUGGGGUCAUUGUACCACUAUCUGUGCGACGGCAUUAACCAGUCCAUGACGCUGCGCAUCAUCAGCUGGAUCACAUUUAUGCCACCCGACAUCAUUAGGCCGAUGCGAUAG